AUGGAUCCCGGGCCCAUUCCAGCAAAUUGUAUCAGCCUAAAGGAUGCCUUCGCGCGCAGUACAAACGAGCAUUACCACAUCAUGGGGGUAUGCGUGGAUUUCCUCGAGCCCGUCCUCUCCAGGGGUUCGGAUUUCACGAUGAAACUCACCUUGCAUGACAGAACCUGGGAAUACGGCUGUGGUAUGACCUUCCGCUUCUUCUGUAAGCAACUAAAGCACCUACCUACGGUCCAGAACCAAGGAGAUGUGGUGAUCUUACGCAACUUCAAAACCAUCAAUACUCGCGGUGAGAUCUUCGGCAUCUCCAACAUCCAGUCGGAGUGGGUUAUCUUGCCAGCCACAGCGUUGGCAGAGUCGGACUCUGUGCAGGACGUGCAACGCCAGGCUAGAUGGUCUGGCCAGGAUGAUCCCAUCAAUCGCCACCAAAAGGUAUUCAACGAGCACGAGCUUCGAUAUGCGAGAUGGCUAGCAGACCAGGAAGAUGCUGCUCAAUGGCGUCCACUGCUCGGCUCUACAAAGCUGCAGCGCGAUCAUAUCAUCUCAAGCAAUGGCGGUAAAACCUCGCCUUACGACGGGAAAUUCCGCCUGAUCAAAGACCUUGAGGUGCCCCAAACCAACAAGUAUUUAUUUGUGGAACUACUUGGGGAAGUGCGAAGGAUUUAUGGGACCGACUUUAGGACUGAAUUAUAUGUGUCUGACUACACCAUAAAUGACAGGCUGUAUGAGUAUCGCUAUGGAGACAAUGAGGGCGGCCGAGAAGGCGAUCCUUUCGGCUAUAUAGAAGACUCCUCCAGCAAGUGGCCUGGUCCAUGGGGCAAGAUGACCAUGAAUAUCACCCUGUUUGAUUCUCAUUCGGUAUACGCACAAAGCGCAGUCAAGGAGGGCACUUUUGUGUACUUGCGGAACGUGCAGAUCAAGAUGGACAGGAACGGUUCACAAUUGGAAGGCUGCUGUCGGGGAGACCGAUCCAAUCCUACCAAGGUUAAUGUCGACGUGCGGAAGCCGCAUGAAGGAGUCAGCGACGAGCGUAUGAAAGCCCUCCUAUUGCGCAAACGAGAGUAUGAAACAAAGGCCAAAGCGGAAAAUCUCCGGUUUGUACGCAAUGCGCAGGUGGCGAAAAAAAGGCAGAAUGAGGGAGCAGAUGAGCCCAAGAGUAAAAAGACCAAGACAAGAAACCGCAAAAAGAAGGAAAGCAGAGCAAAGGAUGAAGCUGAACAGCGAUCGGACGAAGCGGCCGCCGCCAGUGAGAAGACUUUGACCAAACCAAAUGGGACCGUUCGCUGUGAAAAUGUCAGUGUGCCUUGCAAGACGAUUAUGGAUAUCGUCGACCCAGAUAUACUGGUACGUACAACAGCCAAGGGUACCACUUUCAGACUGCCGUUCCAAAACAGCAAGUACAAGGCAAAUGUUAGGGUUGUGGACUUUUUCCCGGACGACAUUGCGGAUUUUGCUGCACCUCGACAGAAAUCAGAGUACGACUGCCUGUCUGAUUGCGACAAUCCUGAGGAUUCGGACAUCGACCUCACCCAGAACCAUGAAAAUGAGGUGAAAUGGGAAUGGCGGUUCUUCCUCCUCGUUGAGGAUGCUGCGCAGCAGAUGGUUGGAGGUGGACGGCGUGCGCGUAUAGAACUUCUGGUCGCCGACCGUGACGGGGACUAUCUCCUCAAUAUGGAGGCCUGCAAUCUGAGGGAUAAGAGCAAUGCACGUGAGCUUGCGAAAGUGAAGGAGAGGCUAUUUCAUCUGUGGGGGGAUCUCCAAGAGAGGAAAGAAGAAAGUGCCACUGUCGAAGAGUCGAGCAUGAAGCCCAGCGCCAGACCUUUCCAGUGCCUGAUCAAGGAGUAUGGUGUGCCGAUACGGAGUUCGAGUGGACAGCCCAAGGACAGUUUCCAGUACGAGAGAGUAUUCGGCUUGUUCGGAACGACAAUCUCCUGUUAG